AUGGCGUGGUACGGGGUGAGCAACAAUGUGCCGAUAGGACCCCGCUUCGGGCACUCCCUAACGGCCUUCAACAACGGGGACUCGGCCCUCAUCCUUGGCGGCGAGGAUGCGCAGGGGCGGCCUCUCCGCGACGCCUUCGUUCUCGACCUUAGCAUGAAGUACAGUCGACCCCUUCAAGAUACCACCGACGCCCCGCCCGCGCGCGCCCAUCACACCGCCGUCGCCGUAGACAACCAGGUGUUCGUGUUCGGCGGGUGGGAUGGCACGAGCUGCAUGAACGACCACUACGUCGUCGACCUGGUGACGUGGCGCUGGCGGCGCGUGGCGGGGGCGGGCGACGUUCCGGAGGAGCGCUGCGGGCACUCAGCGGUGGCCGUCGGGCGUAAGGUCUACCUGUGGGGCGGACGCUCCACCUCGGGCGCCUACUUGCCGUGCGACAGCGUCUACGCCUUCAACGCGGACACGCACCGUUGGGAGAAGGAGACCAGCACCGGAGACGCGCCCACGCCUCGCGCUCACCACUCCUCCACCGGCGUGGAUGGAGCUGUGUACACGUUCGGAGGGACCAACGGGCGGGAGGGGUUCGGGGACCUGCACGCGUUCCACCCGCAGUCGUGCUCGUGGAAGCGACUGCACGCGGGCGACGGCGUGACGGGCACGCCGCCGUCGCCGCGUAGUCACCAUUCGGGGACGGCGGUGGGCCAAGCCAUCGUGUUCCUCGGAGGCCAGCCCGCUCCCGCCUCCUCCCCGCUCCUCUCGCACAGCGACCUCCACGUGUUCCACAUCGGUUCGGCGACGUGGUCACAGCAUCGGGUCACCGCCUCGGAAGUCGAGGGCGUGGGCGUUGCGAACCACGCCACAGCCCUCCUUGGCAAGAGCAAGGUGGUGGUGUUCGGAGGCUGCAAGGACGACCUCCGGGGAAGCAAGCCCUUCCCCUCCAACGAGACUCUCGUGCUCUACCAGCUCGAGGGGCUGCUGAAUGCGCCGUCGGUGCGCGGGGUGCGGCUGCGCAAGUCGCUCAUCAACACGGUGACGAAGAACCAGCUGGAGGGCAUCCUCACCGACCAGCAGGGCGUGCUGAAGCGGAGGCAGAGCGCCGGCAACUCGCCCUCGAUCGCGCGCGCCCUACCCAUUGUACCCCCACCCGCCCCUCCUCCGCCCCUCCCGCCGCCCCACGUGGGCAGCCCUCCCGCGGCCCGCAAGGAGAGCCGCAAGGAGAAGAAGGAACGCGAGAAGCUCGAGAAGCUCGAGAAGCGCGUCAAAAAGGAGGAGGAGAAGCAGAAGAAGAGCAAGGAGAAGGAGAAAGUGCGCCCCACCACCUCUGCCGUGUCGGGAGUCUCCGUGCCGCUCAACGUCAAGCGGGUGGUGCACGUGAACCACGAGAUGCAGUGGUCGGGGAAGGAUCCCAACGAGGUGUUCGCCAAGGAAGAGCUGCUGGGCGAGGGUGCCUACGGCGCCGUGUACAGAGCCGUUCACCGCGAGACGGACAUGGUCAUCGCCAUCAAAGAGCUGCCCAACCUCGUCAACCAAGAGGAGCUCCAGAAGGAAAUCGACAUCCUCAAGAAGUGUUCGCACCAGAACAUCGUGUGCUACUUCGGCACCUGCCAGCUCGCCAGCUCUCUCUGGAUUUUGAUGGACUACUGCGACAUCGGCAGUGUGCGGGACAUGAUCGAGCUGUGCAACAAGCCCCUCAAGGAGGAUCAGAUCGCCUACAUCCUCCAGCAGUCUCUCCAGGGGCUGCUCUACCUCCACUCCAUGAACAUCAUCCAUCGCGACGUCAAGGCCGGCAACAUCCUCCUCGACGGCCUGGGCGCCGUCAAGAUCGCCGAUUUCGGAGUGUCGGAGCAGCUCUCCGACGCCGUCUCCAAGUCCGACACCCGCAUCGGCACGCCCCUUUGGAUGGCGCCGGAGGUGAUCUUGGGCAAGAGAUACGACAACCGCUGCGACGUGUGGUCUCUCGGAAUCACGGCUAUCGAGAUGGCCGAGGGGCUGCCCCCCAAUCACGAGAUGAAUCCCAUGCGCGCCAUGCGACUGGUGCCCCAGCGGCCACCGCCCACCCUCACCGAUCCCCGCAAGUGGUCCAAGGACUUCAACGACUUCAUCGCCCUCUGCCUCACCAAAGAUCCCGAGAACAGGCCGGACUGCGUCGAGCUCCUGGGCCACGCCUUCAUCCGGGGCUCCCGCGGGUCCGGGGCGCUCAAGGAGCGCAUCAACGAGUGCUUCAUCCUCAAGCUCAAGGAGCAGGCCGCCAAGAAAACGGCAGCGUCGGAGGCACCGGUCGACAACGCCAAGGCCUCGAACAGUGCGCCCGGCACCCCCAGUGGGAGCAACCACGGCACGAUGGUCUACGCCGACAAUGGCACGAUGAUCAGCAACGACGUGUGCUCGACCAUGCUCGUCACCCAAUCCGACAGCGACGGCGACGACUCGGAUGGCGACCCCAUGGCCACCAUGGCCGUCAAAACCCUCCGCCUGGGUGGCAACGCAGCAGCGACCAUGUGGGGCACCAUGAUGGUGAGCGGCGACGACAACGAUGAAGACGAUGGCUCUGAUGACGACGAGUCGACCGACGGAAGCGGCGCCGGGUUCGACACCCUCGUGCACCGCCAGUUCAUGAACCCCUCGGCCGCCGCCUCCAGCAGUUCCCCGCCCCCGCUGCCGGCGCGCGACGAUGGCAAUGGCGGUGGUGCCGGUUUCGACACCCUCGUGCACCGCCAGUUCAUGCGCCCUUCGCCCACCCCGACCCGCGUCAGCAGCUCCCCCACCUCGCCCGCCACCAGCGCCAUACGGCCCGUUCACCGCAAGACCAACUCCACGGGCGGCCAGCCGCCGGCGAGCAUCGUGAAGAAGGUCUCCUCGCCGACGUCGUCGUCGGGAGAGCUGGUGGACAAGGCCUACAUCGAUGCCGCCAUCGCCCAGCUCGAAAAGCGCAUGCAGCAGCAGCUGGUCGUGCUCGUGAACCAGGAGAUGGCCAAGUUGAAGGAGGACAUCCUGCAGACGGUGGUGCGCCUCAUUCCGGAGGACUUCCCCGCGGGCGGGCCUCCGUCGGGUUCGAUGUCGCCGCUGGCACGGCUGUCGUCAGGCGGAUCCGAGCAGUUCAGCUCCGACGAGGGCGGCCUCACCAAGCGGAUGAGCGCCGGCGGCCGCAAGAACCCGCCCGCCAUCUACAAGAGCGGCGGCAGCAAGAAGGAAAGCGAAAAGGAGAAGGAAAAGGCCAAGAAGAAGGAGGAAAAGGAGAAGAAACGCGCGGAAAAGGAAAGGGAAAAGGAGACGAAGAAAGAGAGGCGCAAGUCGCUCUCCGUGCUCAAGAAGGCCGGCGUCGAGAAGAAGGCUCUCCCCUUCGAGGUGUAA